AUGAGAGAAGAGGUGUCCUGCACCAACUCCCCUGAAGGAGGACUGGGGGCCAGCGAGGAAGAGCUGGAGAGAGGAUCAAAAAAGACCCUUCAACCAGGAAAUCGAAAACGCUCCCCUUAUCCCAAAAAGGACAGCCUCAGUCAGGCAGAGGAGAGCAGCACAGGCAGCUCCAGCAGCCUGCUACCAUCUGGGCCAAAGAGGAUGAAGAAAAGCCCCUCAGCGGUCGUGUCGUUGGCCCCGACGACUUUGGGCCCCAGGCCCGAGGCGCCCUUCGAGGAGCUCCACUCUCAGCGCGUCAUUGCCAACGUACGGGAGCGUCAGCGCACUCAGUCCCUGAACGAUGCUUUUGCCUCUCUGCGCAAGAUCAUUCCCACACUACCUUCGGACAAGCUGAGCAAGAUCCAGAUCCUGAAGCUGGCCUCACGCUACAUCGACUUCCUCUACCAGGUGCUGCAGAGCGACGAGAUGGACGCCAAGCUGGCCAGCUGCAACUACCUGGCCCAUGAAAGACUCAGCUACGCCUUCUCCGUCUGGAGGAUGGAGGGGGCCUGGGCCAUGUCUACCAGCCACUAG